ACUAAGCUCAUUAAAAGAAAGGGUUUUGAACUCACUAGGACAAUGCCUAACAUCCCAACAUCUCCCGGUUUUGAUGAAAUUGUGGUGGGAUUUGAGGAUGAAACUGAAAACAUAACAGGCCUGCUGAUUAGAGGACCAAAAGAGCUAGAUGUUGUAUCGAUUACUGGUAUGGCUGGGCUCGGCAAGACAACUCUGGCCAGAAAGGUGUUUUACCAUAAACCUGUUAUUGAUUGGUUUCAUUUUCGGGCAUGGUGCUGUGUCUCUCAAGAAUAUGACAAGAACCGUGUAUUCCAUGAAAUUUUUAGUCAAGUUUCAGACGAUAUGAGUAAGGAUGAUACAGAUGAAGUGCUGCUUGAAAUUUUAAUGAAAAAGUGCAAAGAUGAGCAAAGCUGGGUUGAUACUGCUGAAGCCCUACGCAUGGCCCUACGGGGGAAGUGUAAAGGCCACAAGAUUAGGGAUGAUACGACUGAAGUGUUGUAUGAAAGUUUAAUAAAAAUGAGCGAAGAUGAUAACAGCUGGAAAAAGAUAUCUAGUACACUGCACGAAAGCAUAAUGGAGAAGUGGGAAAACACCAAGAAUUGGGAUGAUAUUGCUAAGCCGUUGUAUGAAAGCUUAAUUGUGAAUUUUGAAGACAAUAAUGAAAUGUCUCCCAAAUUCCCAGUGGAAAGGCACAAAGACAUUAAGAUGUGGGAAGACAUAACAAGUGUGAUAAGCCAAAGCAAAAUUGUAGACAAAAAAGACAUUAGGAGAACAGAUGAUGAAGUUGGGAAUUUGUUCAAAAGCCUACAAGAUCUAGCUGAGGUGUUGUUCAAAAACAUGAAUGAAAAGUGCCAAGGGAAUGACAGUUGGAAAGAAAUGCUGGAAACAUUAUUCAAAAGCUUAAAUGAUAUAGUUGAAACUUUGCUCAUAAGCUUAAAUAAGAAAUGCAAAGACAGUAAAAGCUGGGAUGACAACAUAGCUGAGAAGCUACGCAAGAAACUGCUAGGACAAAGAUACCUCAUUGUGUUGGAUGAUGUUUGGAGAAAAAAAGCAUGGGAUGAGUUAAGUAGAGCUUUUCCCUUGGGCGCAGAAGGAAGCAGAAUCAUCUUAACAAGUAGAGAAAAAGAAGUUGGAAAAUAUCCCAGGUCUGGUGCUGAUCCCUAUUCUCUUCGUUUUUUCACUACUGAAGAGAGCCAAGAUUUACUGCAGUUAAAGCUAUCUAAAGGGAAUGUUGGCCCUCCAGAGCUAAAGGAAUUUGGGAGACAGAUAGCAGAAAGAUGUGGUGGAGUACCUUUGGUGGUUGUUUUGGUAGCUGGUAUUCUACAAAAAAAGAUUGAAGAAAAAUACUUCUCGUGGAAUGAAUUUCUUCAAAGUUUAAGCUCACAUAUCAGGGGAGAUGAAUCUCGGAGCAUGGAUGUAAUAGCAUUGAGUUACAAGCAUUUACCUGAGCAUUUAAAGCCAUGCCUUCUUUACUUUGGGGCAUUCCCAGAGGACCACGAAAUUCCAGUCUCGAAAUUGAUACAGCUGUGGAUGGCUGAAGGGUUUGUGAAACACAUAAAAAAGAAGGUAUUGGAGGAUGAAGCAGAGGACUACCUGAAUCAUCUAAUUGGUAGUAACCUAAUAAUGGUUUCCACCAGGGGAUACAAUAAUGGCAGUGUCAGAACAUGCCGUAUUCAUGAUCUGGUAGGUAGCUUUUGUCUGACAAAAGCCGAGGAAGAUAAAUUCUUGAUGCAAACAGACAGUGAAAAAACCAGCCCACAUUCGGAAUUGACUUCUACUUAUGAUCGGUUUUGUUUGCUUAAAAGGAAUGAUAAAUAUCUUUCUCCUGAUUCAGCUACGUCACUUAAUCCUAGUCUUGGCACACUUUUGUGCUUUUCAUCACAUAAUCCUAACCUUGGCACACAUUCCCUCUUUGCAUCGGAGGUGGAUCCUUCCUCUGGUUUAUGGGUAGCUAGCACAUUCAAACUUGUGAGAGUACUGGACUUGGAGUCCGUAUUUGUGGGCAAAUCAUUUUUGUCCAUGGUGGAGUUUCUCCUUUGUUUAAGGUACCUUGCUGUUUGUCUAAAAGGUUGUGGUUCAGUUCCACAGCCAUCUCUAGAGCGUCUUCACCAUCUAGAAACAUUCAAGGUGAAAUCAAGUGUGGAUUUGCAUUUAUCAUCCAUGAUUUGGAAUUUAGAGGGUUUGAGACAUUUGCAUAUAGAUCACUAUUGUCAUUGGUUGAGAUAA